UCUUGUAGAAUUUAGUCAUUGCUUGAAAGUGCGGUCGGUCGAUUUGAGGUUAGGUUACUGUAAAUAAUAACAAUAACGCUCCAUUUAAAGCUUUAUUUAAUGCGAUAUUCGAUAGAUUUGAUAUAACAAUUUACGAUAUUAAGCGAUGUUAAAAAUGAGCAAUCAAUUAAAUAGAUAUCUAUUUUGGUUUGCUCAUGAGCACGUCGACUUUCGAUUGGCCGAAAUGGAAUCUAUAUUUGACAUGUUUCACAUUGAUCCAUGUGCAAUGACGAAACCAAAGGAACAUCCUUACUGGAUUGUGGAUUUACCUGAUGAAAAUGCAGUUCAUCAAAUCGCUAGUAGGGCAGUUUCAUUGCGUUUCUGUUUAGAGCUUUGGGGACAAGGUAAACAAAACGAGGAUUUACAUAGUUCUUUGAAAACUUAUUCCAUCAAAAAUUCAGAAGCUAUGGCAAGAAAUAAGAAAAAAUCAUUUAAGAUUGUGGUAGAGACUUUCUGUAAACAUUUCUCGCAACAUGAGAAGAUAAAUAAAAUCGAAUCUUUCAGUUAUCUACCCCUUGAAGGAUCAGUUAAAUUGAAAAAUCCUGAUAUCACUUUAUGCUAUAUAGAAUAUUAUGGCCUUAAUCCCAAUGACAUUCCUGAAGAACCUCAUGAAUAUUUCUUUGGAAGAUGGAUUGCCGAUGGUCAACGAGAGUUGAUUCAAAAGUUGUCACUAAAAACUAGGAAAUUUAUAGGAAAUACGUCAAUGGAUCCCCAGUUGUCGCUGAUAAUGGCAAAUCAGGCACAAAUUAGAAACGGGGACCUAGUUUUUGAUCCAUUUGUGGGCACUGGUUCCUUGUUAAUUGCCGCAUCUCAAUUUGGAGGAUAUACAUUUGGAACAGACAUCGAUUUUUUAAUGCUUCACGGCCGUACGAGACCUACACGGAUAUCGCAGAAGACAAGGGAAAAAGACGAGAGUAUCGCAGCAAACAUGCGUCAGUAUGGAAUGAGUUCUUAUUAUCUUGAUGUGGUGGUGGCAGAUUUUUCAUAUCCACUGUGGCGGGCAAAUUUGCGAAUAGAUGCUAUUGUAACAGAUCCACCUUACGGUAUAAGAGAAGCUACAGAACGUAUAGGUUCCAUGAAAAUUAAUCCAGUAGUAGAGGAACAUCAAGCAACCUCUCACAUUCCUUCAAAAAUUGUUUAUGGCCUAAAUCAAAUAUAUAGAGACCUGUUGUGCUUUUCUGCGAGACAUCUGAGACUUCAGGGUAGAUUGGUCUGUUGGUAUCCAUUAUUUAGAGACCAGUACACAGAAGAUCAGUUACCAGCACAUUCUUGCUUAGAGCUGACAGCCAAUUCCGAACAAAUAUUGAGCAACUACACCAGUAGAAGAUUAUUAACUUAUAAGAAAGUUAAAGAACCAGAGGAAACCGACGAGAGCAUUAUUAUGAAUUUAACCGACUUCCGUGAGAAGUAUUUUGCAUUACGUGAGGAAACGAGGAAAGAAAAACGAAUGAGAAAAGCCGCAGAAAGAGCGAGGAGACGAGAGGAAUGGGAACGUAGCAAUAAGGAAGUUACUGAAAGAUGACUGUAGAGCAAUCUUUUUUUUUAUACAGUAUAGAAAAGUUUAAAUUGAUCGAUUAAUCAAUUGCAUUAUGCGCAAAUGGUACUUUGCUAUGUGAAAGUUAGUUUAAUCGAUUAAUUUAAAAACUCGCCUCAUUAUAUCAAAAAAAGCAAACAUUUUAGACCUUUUUUUUCAAUUUUAUGUAUCUUUUUCCUACUUCGAGAAGAUAUAUUUAAUUAUUUAAAAUUAUUUAACAACAAAAGUGACUGUCUGAUUUUGCUAUUCUUGUUUAUUAUGUACAGAAUAGUUAUCAAAGUUAAUAUGGAAACAAAACUAGUUGUUUCAACGAUUUAAAAAUAAAUAAUAUUUUUUGCA